AUGACGAUCUUCGCACGUCGCCUCACGUUUGCAACGAUAGCACUGAGUUGCCUUGUUGUGGGAAGAUCCUUGGCGAACGUGAUCAUGCGUGAUGACGACGACAUCGUGAUCGACCUCUCACACCUUGGACCCGAACUGUACGGUGAACCGGACGAAGCGGUCGGUAAGCUGGUGGCCAACUUCAACCCGGCAACCGACGCCGGCAAUGUGGAGGAGCUAGGCUCGUAUGUCGAGGGCGAUAUGCUGAUCGAUCGUCCGGAUGGACGCAACGGGCUGGCAGAUACGGCCACACGUUGGCCAGGUGGUGCAGUGCCGUUCGUUAUUUCCGGGGCUUUCAACGCCCAGGCAAUGCAACUCAUCGAGGACGCCAUUGAACAGUACCAUACGAAGACGUGCAUUCGCUUCAGACCCCGCAUGGGUGAGUGGAACUAUGUCUCCUUCGAGAGCGACGGCAGUGGGUGCUGGUCCAGCGUGGGCAUGAUCGGUGGCAAACAGACGGUCAAUCUGCAGAUUCCUGGCUGCACCACGCUCGUCGGAACAGUGAUGCACGAGAUGAUGCACGCGCUCGGCUUCCUGCACGAGCAGAACCGUGAGGACCGCGACUCCUAUGUGCGGAUUCGGACCGAAAAUCUCAAGAAAGGUACGGAAAACAAUUUCUCGAAAGCGAAGCCGGGCUCAACCAACAACUUGGGGGUAGAGUAUGACUACCGCAGCAUCAUGCACUAUUCGGCCAACGCGUUCUCUGUCAACGGAAAGCCCACGAUCGAGGCGAAGAAACCUACAGGAAACGCUCAAAUGGGUCAACGUGAAGGUUUUUCCUGGAACGACCUAGAGAAACUGAAUCGUAUGUACCGAUGUAAGGACAACAAGGCAACUGGCAAGCCUGUCCAACCACGGCCUCCGACGGUUGGGGCAGUUGGACCUACCACCGGACCCGCAGGAGCAGGAGGCAUCCCUUAUUUCCCACCGUCAGGACCAGGACCGUACAACCCCUACUUCCCCCAUAGUGGACCAAUGGGACCAAUGAGGCCAGCUGGCCCGAUGGGGCCACCAUACCCCUAUGGACCAAUGGGACCAGCACCGAUCCCUCCGUAUCCAUAUGGAUAUGGUCCAGGGUAUGGCGUGUAUCCAAAAUAG